AUGUCGGCAUCUGUUACCGUGAUAUUCAGCGAAGCGUUGUACACAACUCUAAGAAAAGUACUGCGAGAUGUGGCGAGCCCCGAGAUUGCAUUUGCGUGGCGGGCGUUCAUGUUUGAUGCAACUUCAAAAAAUAUUUUGAGCAUUCCUGCAGGUAGCAGACCAGCUACUGGACAUACGAGCCACCGUGGCUCAGCCAAGCCAGCGGCCACAAAGGGGGCCAAGCAGACUGUCGCCCAAACAGAGGAGCAGCCAGAAAAAACUAGUUCUUCAUGGGAGAAUAGACAAGCAACUACAGAGGAGCAGGUUGCUACGGUAAAGCUACAGAAACAAUGGAAAGGAUAUUGGGUCAGGAAAAUAAGGGCUGCUAGAACUCCUGGUUCAGAUGAAAAUCAAAAGGUAUUACAGAACCUACAGAAAUGUUGGGCCAUCAUAGAACAAAACUUGGAUCCAAGCAACCCUGACCAUCCGGGACUAUUCCUGUUUAGGCAAAUGUUUAAAUUGGAUCCAGACCUGAUGGUAAAGUAUCCAUUCUACAAGGACGAGUGGAACAAGAUAUCAUACAACGAUUACAAGGGACAGUACCCUGACCAACCUCCAAACAACUGGUUUGUUGUCUUUAGAGAGGUUUUCCUUGUGAUGGAGGAGAUGUUAGCGGUGCCCAAGUUAUAUGUGCCAAUUAGCACAUGCAUGCUGCGAGUGAUAAACAAUGAUACAGGAGAGGAAAUACCCAGGGUCUUUCAGAAAGUUGCACCUUAUGUGUACAAGAAAAACAGAAAAGGUUACACAUUUGUUGCUGAAGCACGAACAACAGAUCAGCCUUUACAGACUGGUACCUGGCGUAUGAGAAUGAUUGGUUCCCUGUCACCACUUCCAGCACCACUACGAGGGGAAGUAAACAGCAGCUUUGCUGUGAAGGAAAUCAAGGAUUACUAUCUGCCAAACAGCAAAAAUGUCAUCUUUAGGUAUGCAGUUAAGGUGACGGAGGACCACCUCACCAGUAUACAGAUGAACACGUCAAAGUCUGAUGUGCACAUUAAACUUGUCGUGCUGAAUAAUGAGGAAGAAGUGGCCAGCACCCUCGGAAAAGGUCAUGCUGUGAUCCCUGCCUUCACAUUUCUCAAGGACAUUAACCCGGAUGAGGAACCUAAGAGGUCAACUUCCAGGGCAUUACAUGGUUCAGAUCAUUCAAACAAGGGUGAAAGUAAAACCAAAAAGGGCGGGAAGAGAGGAGGUUCAGGCAAGAGCAAUGAUGGGAGAGGAUCGACUCCUACGCCCACUGCGCGUAGUCCGAGGACACCACCCGCCAGUGGUAGAAGCCCAAGGAGAAGCAGUCAGGUUGAUCACCAUUCAGAUGGCGGACUGAGUGAUGGGGACUUGGAAGAGAGAGACCUCAGGCCUCACAAGUAUAUUAUAGAAGCUCAGGUCUUGAAGGAUAGUUGGCCAUUGUCUGAAGCCAGUUGGGCAUUUGUACAGAUGCUGAAAGAAAUGGAGAAAAAUGAACUCAAAGGAAGGAGAAAUGAUAGACUGUUCCGUGAAAGGAUAGGAUUGGAUCAGUUAAGAGAUUUUGAGGUGAUGUCUAGAUACCGGUUAGACAGAGUGUCGAUCGAAGCUUUGAUAGGGCUACUCGCUGACGACUUGAUGAAACCUACACGGAGAUCGUGUUCAAUAAGUGCAGAAAUUCAGGAUGGUGAUUCUACAGAGAUAACUGAACUGAAGACAGAUUUAAAACAACGAAUUGAAAGCAUGGAAUCGAGUUUGAUCUCAAAAUUGAAUACGGAAGUUGGAACAAUGAAGGCUGAAUUGCAGGAGAAAAUUAAUAGAAUGGAUAUGAAUUUGAUGACCAUCGUACAGAAUCUAAAAGACCAGAAGACACAGCAAGCGCAAGUAGCCAACCGAACCAGGUCCCUAUUGGAAGCAGAAAGAAAGCGAAAGGAAGAGAAAUUAGAAGCAGAAAGAAAGAGAAAGGAAGAGGAGAUGUUAGAAGAAGAAAGAAAAAUAAAGGACGAGGAGAUGUUAGAAGCAGAAAGAAAGAUAAAGGAAGAGAAAUUAGAAGCAGAAAGAAAGAGAAAGAAAGAGAAAUUAGAAGCAGAAAGAAAGAAAAAGGAAGAUGAAAAAUUGAAGCAGAAAGAAAACGAAUAG